UCAGAGCUGAAGUGUUGUGACCCAGGACCCAAGUAGGUAGUAGGAAACUCAGUCCUUGAAAAAAACAAACUUUAUUCGAACAGCUGAGAAUUACUUCAUUCCCAGCAUCGUUCAACUCAAAUUAAAACAAAUUCCUCCCAACACAAAUUCCUCAGUCCUAUCGCAAACCUCGGUCCAAUUAGGCAAACUGCCAAAGGCCUUGGCAAAUGUUCAGAAAUCACAAAAAUAAAGGCAAGACAUAGAUGAAGCAGAAGACGAAGCAGAAGCUACAACGUUGUUUUCCGGCAAAGCUCAAAUGCCGUUGCUGGUCUGUUUUAAGCCUUAUGGGAGGGGCUGAUCAUCUCUUGGCCUUACUCCCGAGUUGUCCUCUCUGCUUGAGCUGCUCUUGCCUUCUGGCAGCUCUUCUCAUGCGUGCAUUAGGAACAGGCUCCUGCUGCUCCUCUGCCUCACUACUAUCAGCCUCUGGAGGCUCUGGAGUCCGCACCUCCCUCCCCGAUGGCCCUGGCCUCACCUCAGCCUCAUCGCUGUCCGACUGUUGCCAGCUCCGCAGGCUACUGGCGGACCACAACAUGAAGAAGCUUCUUGGACGAGAAGCGAAACAUCUUCAGAGGAAAGCCAGAAAGUCCUGUUGCCCCUUGAAAAAGCACCUUUGGGUUAUGGCCAAAGCAGAGAAUUUCGAACUAAUUCUAUGUCCUUCUGGAAGGCUGAUUUUUUUUUUCUUAUAAAGGUGGCACGAUCCCCUAGUAGUUCUUCUAAUUUUAUCCUCCGUCUCCAGGCAGGGAAACCGGUCCAUCAGAUUUCCAGCUGGGGGCUGCGACACCAGUGCCCUUGAGUUGCCAUAGGUAUUGGGCUGAACCUAAGCUAUAAAGCCAUCCGUCUGGAACGCAGCGGCCCCAUCGGACUUCACCAUGGAUCGCUGGGCCGUUCUGGGUUUUGCCGUCCUCGUCUGCCUGGAGGCAGCGGGAGCCGCCAAGCUGGGCAUCGUAAACACCGAAAGUGGGUUUGUGGAAGGCGUCAACAAAAAACUGGGCCUUUUUGGAGAUUAUAUGGAUAUCUUCAAAGGAAUCCCUUUUGCUGCCCCCACCAAGACCUUAGAAGACCCCCAGCCUCACCCCGGCUGGCCAGGUACGCUUCAGGCUAAAGAAUUCCAGAAACGUUGCAUGCAGUCCAUUCUUACCCAGACAGACGUGCGGGGCUCUGAAGACUGCCUCUAUCUAAACAUCUGGAUCCCUCAAGGGAAGAAGCAGGUCUCCACCAAUUUGCCGGUGAUGAUCUGGAUUUACGGCGGGGCCUUUAUCUGGGGAGGCGGACAGGGGGCCAACUUCCUGAAGAAUUAUUUGUACGACGGGGAGGAAAUCGCCAGCCGCGGGAAGGUGAUCGUGGUGACUUUCAACUACCGGGUUGGCCCGUUGGGUUUCCUAAGUACCGGAGAUGCAGCUCUGCCAGGCAAUUAUGGGCUCAAAGAUCAACACAUGGCUAUCGCUUGGGUCAAGAGAAACAUCAAAAAUUUCGGAGGAGACCCUGACAACAUCACAAUCUUCGGGGAAUCUGCUGGCGCUGUCAGCGUCUCCUUACAGACCCUGUCACCGUACAGCAAAGGUUUGAUGAAACGGGCCAUCAGCCAGAGUGGAGUCGGUCUAUGCCCUUGGGCCAUCCAAAAAGACCCCCUAUACUGGGCUAUCAAGACUGCGCAGAAAGUGGGCUGCCGGACAGACAACACCACCGUCCUGGCCAACUGCCUCCGAGUUACCGAUCCGAAGGCACUGACCCUCGCUUACCAUCUGGAAGUCACCAACUUGCGCUACCCGUUGGUCCAUUAUCUGGCUUUCACCCCGGUGGUGGAUGGAGACUUCAUCCCCGAUGACCCGAAGAACCUCUUUGCCAACGCGGCGGAUGUGGACUACCUCCUCGGAAUCAACGAUAUGGACGGACAUUUCUUUGCUGGCAUCGACGUGCCGGCCAUCAACCGUCCCCUGGCGAAGAUCACCCCGCAAAACGUCUACCGAUUAAUUCAGGGACUGACGGUCGAGAAGGGCCCUGCAGGAGCCGACGCGGCCUACGCCGUGUACACACAGGUGUGGAGCAACACGGAAAACCAAGAAGUCAUGAAGCGGACAGUGGUGGAUCUGGAGACGGAUUAUAUCUUCCUGGUUCCCACUCAGCAAGCACUUCAGCUGCAUCAAGAAAACGCCAAAACUGGCAAAACCUACAGCUAUCUCUUCUCCGAGCCCUCGCGAAUGCCCGUCUACCCCGGUUGGGUAGGGGCGGAUCACGCCGAUGAGAUUCAGUACGUCUUCGGCAAACCGUUUUUUACCCCCUUGGGUUACAAGGCCCGGCACAGGAAGCUCUCCAAAGACAUGAUUGCUUAUUGGACCAACUUCGCCAGGACUGGUGACCCCAACCAAGGAGAGUCCCAAGUCCCCAUCGCCUGGGUGCCUUACGACACCAAAAGCGCCUUCUACCUCGACAUCAACCACGACAUCAACUACGAGUCGGUGAAGCAAGGCCUGCGCGCUCUUUACGUCGACUUCUGGAACGUGGUUUACCGCCACCUCCCCGACGCCCGAAUCGCUGGGAAGCAAGAACAAUAAUUUAAAAAAAAAACAAACCAAAAACGAAAACCCGAACCCCGCCUCUGCUGCUCCGUACGUGAAACCAGAAUCCAAUAAACAAGAUCUCGCUCUAUUGAUAUCUUCCCCGUUUGUUCCGCCUGCGGAAGUCCCAAAUUCCAGCAUCUCUGUUGCAUUGGGACACACACAUACACACAGAGAGAAAGAGAGAGAGUGAGUGUUAAAUCUUGUCUAUUAAUUUUGAAAAAUGAGCUCUCCGGCAGUUCAGGUUAGAAUUAUGCAGCACACCGGGUGUUCCUGGUGCAACUCUUUGACAACUCUUUAAAG